AUGGCCAAAAGCGCUGUGAAACAAAGCACUGGCACAAGAUUCGAUAUACCAGCGCUUGUCGCAAGCGUUGGCACAAGAUUCGAUAUACCAGCGCUUGCAAAAAGCGCUGGUACAGGGCUAUACCGACGGUCGACCACCAGCGCUUUAUCCAAGCGUUGGUAUAGGGCAUGUAGGUCUGUAGCAGCACUUUGCGACACCUGUGCCAAUGCUUUUGGCCGUUGUCUAAGAGACCUAGUUCAAAACCUAACCAACCUGAAAGUACUUAACCUUUCUAUGAUUCUUAAUGCAGCUUGGAAUAAAAAUCUCACCGGCUCUCUACUUGAAUUUCAAAGCAAUAGUCAGCUUAAGUCAUUGAUAUUCCAGGGCACAGGCUUCUACGGUAAGCUCCCAGGUUCAAUUGGUAGACUUGAAUCCUUAGUUUAUUUGGAUUUGAGUCAAACUAGUUUAUCUGGGACACUCACUUCUCCACUUGGCAAUCUAACCCGUCUCAGUCUCCUCAACCUUUAUGAUUGCAAGUUUAGUGGCCAGAUUCCUUCGUCGUUGGCCAACCUAUCACAACUAACUAAGUUCGCAAUUGGCAAUAACGACUUUGAUGCAGGACCACUUCCUAUACCGCCAGGGAAGCUACUCAAACUCACUCACUUAACUGCAAAAGGAAUAAAUUUACAAGGUGAGAUCCCACUGUCGCUUGCAAACCUGACCCAACUUUCCUUUUUAGUAAUUAACAUAAAUAACCUGGUAGGUAAAAUCCCAUCCUGGUUCAUGAACCGCACCCAAUUAACAUAUGUAGAUCUUUCACAAAAUCACUUCCAUGGCACGAUUCCUAGAUCAAUCACUCAACUCAAGCAUCUUGAUUUUUUGAGUCUUCAUUCUAAUAGCUUCACUGGUAUUGUCGACCUAGACAUGUUUAUGAAACUCCCAAACCUGGUCUCGUUGCAAUUAGGGAGAAACAAUCUAAUAGUGCUCGACAAAAAUAGUACCAAUGGUACUCUUCCAAAGCUUGAUGUUCUAGACUUGGCGUCAUGCAACUUAGUCGAGUUCCCUAGCAUUCUAAGAUUUCAAGAUGAAUUGCAGGCGUUAAGUUUAAAGAAUAACAUAAUUCGAGGCAAAAUACCAAUAUGGAUGUGGAACUCGAGUAAAGAAACAAUGGAAUAUGUGGACUUUGGCGAGAACUUUCUGACAGGUUUCGAGCAGCAGCCAGUUGUCAUCCCAUGGCGUUUUCUAAUAGUUUUCAACCUCGGCUCCAACAAGCUUCAAGGAUCGCUUCCUGUUCCACCACCAAACAUUGUUAUUUAUAAUGUCCGCGAGAACGCAUUGACGGGAGCAAUUCCAUUGUUAAUGUGCCACAAGAAUUCUCUUCGUAUGGUUGAUUUGUCCAACAACAAUUUAAAUGGCACAAUACCUUCAUGUUUGGCCAAUUCCACUGAGGAUCUUCUCAUGUUGAAUUUGAGUGGCAAUAAUUUCCAAGGAAGUAUUCCUUCAACAUUCACAACAAAUUGCCAACUGUUGAUGAUAGAUUUAGGUCAAAACCAACUAUUGGGGCCGGUGCCAAGAUCAUUGGCAAAUUGCACAAUGCUGGAAUGUCUUGUUCUUCAAAAUAAUCAGAUUGAGGAUACUUUCCCUUCUUGGUUGGGAGCUCUUCCUAAGUUAGAGCUUCUUAUUUUGGGAUCAAACAAAUUCCACGGCAACAUUUGGGAUCGCAAAAACAAUUCAAUGUUUCCAAAGUUGCGGAUAAUUGACCUCUCUUGCAAUGGCUUUUCAGGUAAUUUGCCAACAGAAUACAUUUGUAACUGGAAUGGAAUGAAAAUUAUCAACAAAGAGAAUUCGACAUAUAUGCAUGCAAAUCCAAAAAUUCAAUUCGAGCUACGUGCUGGUCCAACAACUCAUAUGGCACGAUCCUAUUUAGUUGUGUGGAGCUACCAUUACUCAAUGAGAGUGGUCAGCAAAGGGACAGACAGGUUAUACGAGAGGAUUCAAAGUGCCUUAGUGGUUAUUGAUCUCUCAAACAACACAUUCAUUGGGGAUAUCCCAGAAUCCCUUGGAAGUCUCAGUGGGCUUCAAUUGCUAAAUAUUUCCAACAACAAACUUACUGGCUCUAUCCCCACAUCGUUGGCAAAACUGACAGCAUUGGAAUCAUUGGACCUAUCUCAAAACUUGCUCUCUAGUCACAUCCCCGGGCAACUGACCCAACUCACUUUCCUUUCGAUCUUAAAUGUUUCUCAUAAUCGACUCACUGGUCCUAUACCUCGAGGGAAACAAUUUGAUACAUUCGACAAUAGUUCGUAUGAUGGGAAUUUGGGAUUGUGUGGUGUCCCAUUGUCAAAGUCAUGCAGAAAUUCAAUGACCUCACCACCACCACCUCUGCCUAUAUUUCGAGGUCGCGAUCUUGAGUUUUCAAGAGGUAUUUAUUGGAUGGUCAUAGCCUUGGGAUAUGGAAGUGGGCUAGUAGUUGGGUUGGUUAUUGGGACAACUCUGACGAGGAGGUAUCACGAAUGGUUUGUCGACACCUUUGGGAGGGGGAAGAAACUUCAGAAGAAGCCGAAAAGGAAGGGCCGAAGAACCUAAUUGUUGGCAAUGAAAUUGUGGGUUCUUUCUUCAGUACCACUUUUGUGCUUGUGCUCCCAUCUUGGCUAGAGGUUAUGUUAAAAUUAAAUAAAAGGGUCAGGUGUUAAGGAUAUGCAGGUUUUAGCAGUGGAAUGCUAGCAGUGUUGUCAUGUUUUUGCAGUGCACAAGAGAGAUCUUCCUGGAGCUUUUGUUCUUCAUGUUGCAGUUAUAUAUGUCUUUCUAUUACUCAUGGUCUUGUCAUGUAACGCUCAUGUCCAA